UGGCGAUUGGCCGCCAAGUCGGCAAUCCGGCGCCGUAAUGAGAACGUAAUCCAUUCAUGCAUACAGUUACAGACACUGUGCAGCCACGGCGUUGAUCACACAACUAGAACCAUGGUCCUGAAAUUGUACGGAGUAUCCGAUGGCCCUCCAUCCCUGUCGGUGCGGCAGGCACUCACGCACCUCCAGAUUCCCUUCGAGCUGGUCAGCGUCGACUUCGGAGCUGGAGACCACAUGACGCCGGAGUAUGCUUUGAUGAACCCUCAAAAAGAAAUCCCUGUCUUGGAUGAUGAUGGCUUCUUCUUGGGAGAAAGCAACGCAAUUUUGCAAUAUGUUUGCGACAAAUUCAAGCCAGAGUCGCCCCUUUAUCCCAAAGAACCUAAAGCAAGGGCUCUCGUGAAUCAUAGGCUGUGUUUCAACCUGUCAACUUAUUACGCAAAUAUUUCUGCGUAUACGAUGGCACCCAUAUUCUUCGACUACGAGCGCACUCCCCUCGGCCUGAAGAAGGUGCAUAUUGCCCUUAACGUGUUCGAGACGUACCUGGAACGCCUGGGGACCAGCCAUGCGGCGGCUGACCACCUCACCAUUGCCGACUUCCAGCUCAUCAACUCUACCAUGACUCUUGAAGCCAUCGAUUUCGACUUCAGCAAAUACAAGAAAAUACACAAAUGGUACAAUGAUUUCAAAAAGGAUAACCCUGAUCUAUGGAAGAUCUCCGAGGAAGCCAUGAAGGAGAUCCAGCACUUCGCUGCCAAUCCGCCAGACCUGACCCACAUGGACCAUCCUAUUCAUCCAAUCCGCAAAAUUAACAAAUAAAUCCUACUUUUAACAUUUGUGAUAGAAGUAAUGUAACAUUUUUAAAUGAACUAAAAAAAUUGAGGAUUCCUUGCUUAACUGAUAGUGAAGUGCCUUAGAGAAUGAGUUUAAUGGAGAAGGCGGAUAUAAAUAUUCAGCUCAUAGGCACGUGUUUGAACAUAUUGAAGAGCAGCUCUACCCAGUCCCAGACACGCAUCUCUUCAUGUAUCCCAAACAGGAGUUGGAACAGCAGUCGCUGUGGUUCAUGCACUGCAAAGGAAUACAACAAAAUUUUAUAACUCUUAAUAAAUUGUUGAUAUAAA